UGCUACAUCACGUGACAACGCUUCCUUGAGUCUGCUGCCCACCACCUCGUGUGAAACUUACGUUUUGCUAGUGCCUUUCGGCAUUCAAAUUUAGGAAAUAUUACCAACAAAAUGAGUGACACAAAAACAGCCAUUGCUCGUGAUGGAACGAUGCAAGCAACUGCUAAGGAGGCUGAGAGAAUUUUAGAUGGUAAGAAACCGGAUGAGGAUGCUCAGACACGAGGACAACAGAAACAAAUAGAAGAGUUAACAAAGGAAAAAACUCCAGAACCUCCUACAAAGAAAUCUAAAUUGACUAAAGACAGUACAAUGGCAGCUACAGCUAAGGAGGGGAAAGCUUUGUUGUCUGGUGAGAAACUUGGUGACACACGACAGGAAACACAGAAAAGUAAAGCUAAGCCAGCACCAAAGAAAAAUUCUACUAUUGCCAAAACAAUGGAAGAAGCUAAAUAUGUUUUAGAUGGUGAAGUUGAUGUUAAUGCUGGUCGCAAGACUCGUUCACAAAGCAGAGGAGAUGCCCCUAAACCACCAGUGAAAAAAGCUGCUCCUAAGAGGGCAGCCAAAGAACCAGCAGCUAAAGGCAAAGGAAAGAAAGGAAAAGUAGAAGAACCUGCAGCAGAAGAAAGUGAAGAGAAAUCUGAAGAGAAAAAGACAGAAGAGAAAAAAGAAGAGAAGAAACCUGCAGCUAAAGGCAAGAAAGGCAAGGCAGCAGCAGCAGCUGAGGAAGCCCCAGUAGCAGCCCCAACAGCAGAAGGUGACUCUGAUGAAAAAAAGAGUGACAGUUAGUUCAUAAAUUUUUAUUUUUUUGACAUCAAAAUGCAUCUGGUCAUCUGUACAUUUUGUGAACAUUUGAUCACAGUGUUCUUACUAACUAGUUAUGUUGGACUUGUAUCCUUCACCAGGUGAAAGUUGCUUUCAUAUAUAUGGGAUAAAAAAAAAAUGAUUGUAAAAAAAAAGGGGGGGGGUGACAUUGGAACUCUUGUGUUUGAAUGUUGACAAACUGACCAUGACUCAUCACAAUAGUUUCAGUUGAUUCAAAGUCUGCCACAUUGCAUAAAAGAAAAAAUAACUGUGAGGGCUUAAACUCAUUAAUUAAACUAGAAAGGGGGAGGGAGAAUUAUUUUUGUUUUGUACAAAUCACACAUAUGCAGUGUGGAUGACAUUCCUUACUCCCCCCUCUUUUUUUUUUUUUUUUUAUCAAAGACUUAAUUGUAUUAUUUUGGUUAUCAUGAACCAUAAGAAUAAGUCAAUUCCCUGCAAUAAUGAAAAUAGUCUUGGUCUACUGAUUUUUCAAAUAGGUUUUUUUUUAAGAAGUUAAGUGUUAUGAGAUAGGUGGUAAAACAAUUUUCACUUGAACAAGAUCUUUAUUGAGCAUGAGUAUUCAAUAAAUAGAACAUUGGUUUAGUAUACAUUUUUGUUCAUUGUGAAUAUCAUCUUUCAUGUUCAAUUUUAAUGUUACUUUAAAUUUCAUUUAUGAGGGAAUUACCAUACAAUAUUUUUUUUUUAGCCAUGAUAUUGUAUUAUUUUUAAAUGGAUUGUUACUAUUUAAUGCAACAUACCAUGAUCGCUGUUUUGUGCUAAGGGGGGGGAACAUUUAACUUUUAACUGGCUUUCAUUAGGUAUACAUAUUUUUAAUUUCUGUUGUUAUAUUUUUAACAUCUUGUCCAAUUUUUACAUUUGAAACUUACUGUUAAAGUAUUUACUCAAUCUACAUCUUGGUUUAACUUAGGUAUAUAUGGAGGACCAGGAGAGCCAUGUUGUUUGGGGGCUUGACUGUUGGUUGUUGUUUAUAAAUUGUAUUCACCUUUUUUUCUUUUUUUUUUCUUCUGUCAAACUCGUAAAAUGUGAUGCAUAAUUUGUUUUUAAGUCUGAUAAAUUUUAUCCCAACAUUUUUUGUUUUGUUUUGUUUUAUCUAAUUAGCUUUAUUUUAUCUUUUGAGAUAAAAAGGCAGCAUCAUAUUGAAAUUCACAUUGUUUUCUGCAGUUAUGUUAAUCAGAAUUCUGGUUUAGGCCCAAAGUGUUUUUUUCUCAGUGUAUAUCUAUUCUUAAUCAGGAUGACAAUUGAUUGAAUUAAAUGCUGGACUUUUAGCUUAGUUUUUCAGAUGUAACAUUUUUAUUUAUUUGCUCCACUAAUUGUUAAUUUUUGUAUUGUUAUUCUAGAAAGAUAAUUUCAGAAAGUUGGGAAAGCUUGUAGGAUUUAUGAAGAAACUUUUUUUUAGAAUCCAUGUUUUAUGUGUAUUUGUGCAGAUGUUCAUAAUAUAAUAGUUUAUAUAAGAAAGUGUAAUUUCAAUUUGUGUGUAAUUUCAAUUUGUGUAUCCCCUUAAAAUGAAAUUUAAAAAGAUUUAUGUGCUGUAAUUUUUCUUUCUACUUGACAAUUAUAUAUAGCAUUGAGUUCAUGUAAUUUCAGUUAUUGUAAUUAAAUUUUGAGAUUUCAUUUAUUCCUUUUUACUAUUUUUUUUUCUUCUUGAAAAGUACCUUGGUACUGUAAAUUCUUUGUUUCAGAAAUGUAGUGUUUGUUUUAAUAACCCCCCCAUUGUUGCUACCCUUGAAGAUCAUCUCCAUCUAUCAUUAGUAUGUGUCAUUCUUUCUGCUUUCAUAAUAAAGUAUGUUGUAACAAUAA